AUGCAAAUCAUGUGGGAGGGAGGUCCGGCUUCGCUCACGGAUGACGAAAUCGCAAAGGCAUGCCGCGAUCGAGGUAUCAGGGAGGGGGAGUCUAGCGUGCGCAUGCGCCACCAGCUAACCGAAUGGUUGGACCUUUCACAGAAAAAGGAGAUCCCGGGGUCCCUCUUAAUACUGUCAAGGGCCUUUUUGUACACAGGCUCGUAUCCGACCGAAAGCGCUGGGGCGGAAGGUCUUGUCGAGACGCUGGGUUCUUUACCAGACGAUAUCAUUAUGGAUGUUAAGCAGGCGGCGGACGUGAGCGAAGGCAGCAACGCGGAGCGACUCGAGGAAACUCUCAGACAGGCCAAGCUAAUUGAAAUUGAAUCUGACCGGGAAGCAAGGAAAGAAAAGGACGACGAAGAAAAGAGAAAGAAGAAAGAAGAUGAGGAAGAAGCGGAACGUCUGGAGACGGAAAGUCUUGCAAACGGUUCACCCGAAGGCGUGGCAGAUGAGAGUAUUUCUGACAAGACGGUUGCAGAGAAAGUCAAACGCCAUGAAGAGCGAGUGGCCGAAGCUAUAUUUGGAGCAAAGGAACAAGUUGUUCCAGGUCGGUCAGAGGUGACGAAGAUUGGGGAAGCAGAAAUUGAAUCGGUUGCAGCACCAGAGGCAGAAGAAAAAGACGAAGAGCAGGAGGCACGAGAACAGGACGUUAUCCGAAAACUGUUACUCUCUCUUGGGGAGCUAUCCUCAGAUUCAGCGGUAGAACAAGAAAGAGAGGAACUGCGGAAUCUCAAGCUUGAACUCGCUGAGGCUGAACAGUUUGUCAAAGAAACGGAAGGUACUGAGGGAUCAGAUUUGAAGCGGUUUAGAAGGAUGGUGACCAAGCUUGAGCGGGAAGUAGAGCGCGUGGAUGCGAAGGUGGGGCUGCGGAUGAAAUUAUUAGACAAGGACAAUGACGGAUUGAUGUCGCUUGAAGAGUGCACUAACGCGAUGGCUGUAAUUGCCGGAGAUCGGGAUGAUGAGGUGGUAGCAGAGACGUUGAAGCGUCUCGAUGGGGAUGAAGAUGGGAACAUAUCGCGGGGUGAUCUGACUCGAGUUCUGAACGAGAUGCAGUUCGAAUACGGGGUCGUCAAUGAAGAUAAGGACAAGACAGCAAGAGCAUCGGAAGGUGCAUUGGAGGGAGAGAGCGGUGCAAAGCUGAAAGCAUCCGAGUAGCUCUGCUGGUAUCAGCGCACGUUUGGUGCGCCACGCAAUGGAGCGCUCUGCGGGAAGAGGAGGAGGAAAAAGGAGGAUGGACCCCCUGGAUAUACCCUGGGCGUCGAAUGGACCACAUACGUGGUCGGUUUUGGACAAUUGGACGGCAUCCAUGUGGUGAUGUGUUAUAAAAGUGCACUUGUUUGUCCGGCGAAGAACGGUGCAUGAUUGUGACACGAGCUAGCAUGUCAAUACUUUCCCCCUUCCCUCACACAGUAGCGAAUGAAGACCUCUGACUUAAAGCCAGCCCGACAUCGCAGGCACGUGCCAUCGAUCGUUGUACAAUAGAGGAAAA